AUGGCACCAUCCUGGCUCGAUAGAUUCAUCGUCCGCAGCGACUCACCCCCAACACUCGACGCGCGCCGCGGAACCGACACCCCCGUGCUGAAGCUCAAAUACUCAAGUCUCGCGGAACACCGACGCGUCCUGACCGUGGACGGCGAGAAGACACCACUGUACGAGAUAAAACGGCAGUCCAUCCUCGGGGCAUGGGGAAGCAAGAUACACGUCACCUCGCCCUUGAACUCAGACCAAGAAGUCGCGCUCAUCGAUUACCACAUGUUCUCCUUGACUAUCGACUUUCCUCUCCGCAAGAGGCAUCGCAUUGAGAUCAGCACGUCGAAGCAGAAGGUUGCUGUGGGUGGUGGGCUGGGUGAACUGCAUUGGAAGGGCACGGGGAUGGAGGUUGCGGGCGCGGCGUCGUGGGAGUUGAGGGAUGAGACGAGUCUUGUUAUGGUUGCGCAGGUGGAUCAACAACAGGUGGGUGGGUGGAUCAUGCUUUGGAAAGGGGGUUUGGAUGCGCAGACGGUGGAGGAGCUUGUUGUUGUGGGUGUCGCGGAGAUUGAGGGGUAUAAGAGGAUGAUUAGGCAGAGCAAGACGUCCGCGGUUGGGGUUCUGGCGAACAAGUAG